AUGCUGGCAGAGCAUCCAGCUAAGCUUCGCAGAGAUUCUGUCGCAACGCUUGACCCAUUUACGUUUGACCCCAAACUAGACUCGACAGGAAGGCGAACAUCGGAUUCCGCAGGGCUGGAUAGUAUAGUAAUCUUUUUCGAGGAGUUUGGUGUGGUCGCAAAGGUUACUGAAGCCACCUUUGACCAGUAUUGGCUACGACAAAGUCUAAAGAUGAGCGACGCCAUGGAUGAAGAGAUGGAGGACUUUGUCGCCCGCAAGGCAAGCGUAUCAAGCGUGAGGGAGGUUGAAGUCCUCGUUCUCGUCCGCGUCAUCUGUGGUUUCUAUGCACCCACCAGAAAAACGUCGGGGACAACAGACGGAAAGUUCAUGACCAAGAUAGCAAUAGUGUAG